CAAAUUUGAGAAAUGCACACCAAACUAGGACAUGUGAAGUGUGAGCAGGUUCUGAACUGAUUCACAGCAAGAUUUAUAUAAAUAGAAAGAGGUGUCUCUGCUUCAUAAUCACUCAACUCAACUCAACUUCCACAAUCCCCAAAUCUACCACCAUCAAUGUCAGAUCCCAACCGCAUCUCCUUCGCUCAAUCCUUCUUCUGCAGCGCCUUCGCCGCUUGCUUCGCCGAGUUUUGCACCAUUCCUCUGGACACAGCCAAGGUGAGGCUUCAGCUCCAGAAGAAGACAUCAUCAGGUGCAGUUGAUGAUGAUGAUGAUGGAGUGGGUUCACCCAAAUACAGAGGCUUGCUAGGAACGAUUAAGACCAUUGCUCGAGAAGAAGGGGUUUCAGCUUUGUGGAAAGGCAUUGUUCCUGGUCUGCAUCGACAGUGUUUGUAUGGGGGCUUGAGGAUUGGACUAUAUGAUCCUGUCAAAACUUUUCUUGUUGGGUCUGCAUUUGCUGGAGAGACUCCUUUGUAUCACAUGAUUCUUGCUGCUUUGAUUACUGGUGCGUUGGCAAUCACGAUUGCUAAUCCAACUGACCUAGUCAAAAUUAGGCUUCAAUCUGAAGGCCAAUUACCAUAUGGGGUACCUAAGCGUUACUCUGGUGCUAUGGAUGCGUAUUCAACUAUAUUGAGACAAGAAGGGUUAGGGGCCUUUUGGACUGGGCUUGGCCCCAAUGUUGCUCGGAAUGCAAUUAUAAAUGCGGCUGAGCUAGCUAGUUAUGAUCAAGUGAAGCAGACAAUUUUGAAAAUUCCAGGAUUCAUGGACAAUGUCUUUACUCACCUCCUAGCUGGCUUAGGUGCGGGUCUUUUUGCUGUCUUUAUUGGUUCUCCAGUUGAUGUGGUGAAAUCCAGGAUGAUGGGGGAUUCAACCUACAAAAGCACAUUAGACUGCUUUCUCAAGACUUUGGUUAAUGAGGGAUUUCUAGCCUUCUAUAAAGGCUUCCUUCCUAAUUUUGGUCGACUUGGAGUCUGGAAUGCAGUCAUGUUUCUUACACUUGAACAAGCCAAGGGAGUUUUUAGAGGAUAGUGUUGUUGAUCUUCAUGAAUAGAUUCACCAAGCAGAAAGAGUCCUCUUUUUCGGAUUAGUGCUACCGAAUACAUGAACAGAUUCGUUUGUUUCAGGAGAAAGAAUGGCCGCCUUCUACAUUUGUUUAGUAUUCGGCCAUGUUGAUGGAUUUCACCUCUUCAUAUAUUCUUAGUCAUGAAUAAAACGUUAAAUUACAUUAGUCACUGAAUAGACCAUCAAUUACAAGUAUUUAGGAGGCCUACAUUGUAUUUGUACUGUAACAAUAUGAGAUAUCAUUUUUCUGGGAAAUAAGUUAUAUAUUUCCCUGCUCAUUAGAUAGACAAAUGAAAUCGAGCAUGUAUACUAGAAGUUUAUAAUUUAUUUCCCAAUUCAGAUUUUGUUAUGGGCUA